CACUGUUCUUCGUUGGCCAAACUUACCUGAUAAUUUAGCCGGUAAAAGCAGAAGAAAUGCCGAAGAAGAAAGUUUCCAGAGUAAAAAAGGCAAAAGCAGGCAAGGGGAAGAAAGAUGGCAAACAGGAGGUGAAGGCUGACAGGGAGUCUGAGAUAGAGAAAGCUAAAACCAAUGCCAACCUGUGGGAGCUGAGGUUAAAGGUCACAGACCAGUCGCUCAGGCAGUAUCAAGAAGCCUGUGGCAAACUGGCACGCACCAACCAGGAGCUCACCAGCCAGCUGUACCGCGUGGAGAAGGACAGCAUCGAUAUCAGUGGCUGUCUGCAGAGACAGGAUGCUGCUAAAGAGGAGACGAUCAGUUUGCUGCAGAAAAGCCUCAAAAGUCAAGAGGCCCAUGCACGUGAGGAGCAAAACAAACUG